AUGCCCUCCAAACUCAUCAUCUUCUCGCUGCUCUCCGCCUUUGUGGCUCUGCUAUACCAAACUCUCCUGCGCGAUGUUCUGUUCGCCACGAUGGGAUUGGGUCGCACCCUCCAGUCCGUUUCAGACUUCCCGUAUAAAUGCCAUCGCAUCCACGGCGACCCCAAUAUCCAGGCAUGCGAGGAUAUGUGGCUGGACGAGGCGUCGAGGACGUUGUUUCUGGCGUGCUCAGACCCUGUCGCCAGAAGGGACUGGAUGCCAAAUAUCCACCGCCUGAACGCGUCCGGUCGAGCACUGCACGACCAUGUUGUGGCUUUGAACAUCGACAACCCCACGAGUGAAGGGGGCUUUACUUACCGUGUGCUCGAAACACCCGGGUUCUCAGGUGUACAGGGCGACGGGCGCAUCCACGUCGUGGGCAUAACUGGGACCAGUUUACCUUCCGAGGACGGCUUGGAGAUCCUGCUGUGGCUAGUCAAUGCGCGGCCAUCUGUCGAUGUCGAAACCGGGGAAUUGCUUGACAAUGCUGUUGUGGGACCGAAUCUUACCAUCGACGUAUUCACGACCAAACCAGACACGGAUAGCAUGAAGCAUAUCAAAACCUUUGCGGAUCCCCAAAUCGCAACACCGAACAACAUCGCUGUAACUAAGAAUGGCAGUGGAGGGUUCUUUUUCACCAAUGACCACGGUGCGCAUAAGGUCGGUUGGCAACACCAUCUGUCCCCGGUCCUCGCCACAGGCGACGUCUCCUAUUGCUCGGCAGAUGGAGUCUGUAAGCGAGUGGCUUCGGGACUCAGAUUCCCCAAUGGCCUCCACCUCGGAUCGGAUGGGCUGCUGUACGUCCCCAGCGCCGCUGUGGGAGGGAUAACCGUGUAUCAACCCAGCUCGGACGGUACAUUGAAGAAGGUCCAUUAUAUUGACCUCAAUUACCCCAUUGACAAUCUCUCCGAGGAUGCCAACGGCGAUAUCUUUGCAGCGGCUAUGCCCAAGGUGCUCAAGGGGAUGACUGGCUUUGAUGAUCCAUUAAACACCCCUCCAGCUCCUGCAACUGUCUGGCGUGUGAGGAGGCUGAACAGGGACGUCAAGGAGAAGUAUCAGUAUGAGCUUACGAAAGUCAUUGAAGAUGCCACGGGCGAGGUGUUGCCUAGCAUGACGACCGUGAUUCAUGAUGCCCUGACUGGAAGAUUGUUCAUGAGUGGUGAGUAA